ACAAACACGAAUCUACUCUAGGGCUCGGACAUGGCAGCGGUGUCUGUGACCAUCCUGGCAAAGCGCGUUUGAGCCAGCCCAGUAUCUGGGUUCCCACAGGAGCUCUGAUAAGAGUCGGAGGACCGGCGGGUGGACUAUCUCAUGGCGAAACAAGCGCCAUUGCGCGCAGUGUUAUAUACUGCCAACACCGUCUCCCGGGUCUCUAUCCUGACCAGGUCAACCUUUUUUCGCCCUCUCCCUUGUUCUUCUUGAGACCACGGUGAUCCCGUUGACUGUUCCCGCGCCGCCAGCGGCUGGCGAUUUCGAUCAGCUCCCACCAUGGAGGAGAAAGCUACCGAACCGACGGUGGCAGUGGCCACAGGCAUUGCCGAUGAGGCAGCUCCUGAAGUCCACCUCAAAAACCUCAAGAAGCAACAUGCCUGGGAUCCCAAUCUUCCGGACGACAUUGUCGACGAGAUUGACCAGGCUCUUGACACCUCAGACAAGGGUGCGCAAGUGCAAGUUGCCGACGAGUUGCUAGAGAACUCUCCCUAUCCGGAAGUCAGGGCGGCUGUUCCUAACUACGAUGAGGGUGGCCACUCGAAUACGAUUCGCGCGUGGGUGAUUGGUCUGUUGUUCGCCACGAUCGGGUCUGCUUUGAACAUGCUCUUUUCAAUGCGCCAGCCGUACAUUGUCAUUCCCUCAUAUGUUGCGCAGGUAGUUGCGUAUCCAGUCGGCUUGGCGUGGGCAAACUGGAUGCCUGCAGUCGAGUUCAAGUUCUUCGGCAUACCCUGCAACCUAAACCCCGGACCGUUCACCAAGAAGGAGCACGCAGUCAUUGUUAUCAUGGCGAAUGCAACAUUCGGAGGUGGUGCCGCAUACGCUACCGAUGUGCUUCUGGCACAGCGGGCUUUCUACGGCGAGAAUUUCGGCUGGGCCUUCGAAAUCUUUAUGUGUAUAUCAACUCAAAUGCUCGGAUUUGGGUUUGCGGGUUUCUUUCACCGGUUCCUGGUGACUCCUGCGGCUCUAAUCUGGCCAUCGACACUGAUCAAUUGCAGUUUGUUUACUGCUCUCCACGAUCACAGCAGGCCGGAUCCGAGGAAGGUUGCAGGAUGGACUGUUGGCAAAUACAGGUUGUUCCUGUACGUCAUGUGUGGCUCCUUCAUCUGGUAUUUCUUCCCGGGAUACAUUGCUCCCUUCCUGAGCGUGUUCGCAUGGGUUACAUGGAUAAAACCCCAGAAUGUAGUCAUCAACCAGCUCUUCGGUGGCUGGACAGGUCUUUCCCUGAUCCCCAUGACGUUUGACUGGACCCAGAUCUCUGGGUUCAACUUCAGCCCCCUGAUCGCUCCGUGGCACGCGAUUGCCAACACUCUCAUUGGCAUGGUCGUAUUCUACUGGAUCACCACUGCUGGUAUCCACUACUCAGGCCUCUUCUAUGGAAAGCAUCUUCCAAUGAGCGACUCCAAUAGCUACGACAACACUGGCGCAACUUACGACGUGAGCAGAAUCCUGAAUGCGAACAACGAGUUUGACUUGCAAAAAUACCAGUCCUAUUCGCCUCUUUUCCUCACAACCACGUUUUCUCUAUGUUACGGCCUCUCAUUUGCCACAAUCAUCGCUGUUAUCAUUCACACAGGCCUGUUUCAUGGAUCUGAAUUGUGGAUUAGGUUUAGGAACUUCGGUACUGAAGAGGAAGACGUUCACGGGCGCCUGAUGGCCAGGUUCAAGACCGUGCCAUUCUGGUGGUACGCGGCAAUCACUCUUAUCAUGAUCGGAAUGGCCUUGGGUGUCGUUCUUGGUUACCCGACACACUUGUCUUGGUGGGCGUUUUUCGUUUCAUUGAUUAUUGCCUGUGUUUGGUUCGUUCCUUGUGGCCUGAUCCAGGGGGCAACCAAUAUCCAGAUUGGAUUGAACGUCCUUACAGAAUUCAUCGUUGGUUAUAUGCAACCCGGCAAGCCUAUGGCUAUGAUGCUUUUCAAGACCUACGGCUAUAUGACCAUGUAUCAAGGUGUCUUCUUCUGUCAGGACAUGAAACUAGGCCACUACAUGAAAAUUCCUCCUCGUGUGACUUUCGCGGCCCAAAUGGUUAGUUGCUUGUGGUCAUCUGUUGUCCAAAUCGGCGUGAUGAACUGGGCUCUCGGCGCGAUCAAAGAUGUCUGUUCAUCCGACCAGAAAAACCGUUACACGUGCCCCAAUGGACGAGUGUUCUUCAACGCUUCGAUUAUUUGGGGCGCUAUCGGACCCGCGCGUAUAUUCUCGCCUGGAAGUAUCUACUCGCCGCUCCUGUAUUUCUUCAUCGCCGGUGCUAUCUUCCCUGUUCUCAUCUAUCUUGGUGCCCGGGCUUUCCCCAGAAGCAAGAUUCGAUACUUGAACGCUCCCAUUAUUUUCGGAGGCGCAGGGCUGAUCCCCCCUGCGACACCGCUCAACUAUCUGAGCUGGGGAAUUGUUGGCUAUAUCUUCAACUCUUAUAUUCGCAACAAGUGGAGAGGUUGGUGGAUGUACUACAAUUACAUCGUGUCAGCCGGCCUGGAUGUCGGUCUCAUGCUUUGCACGAUUUUGAUCUUCUGUGCUCUUCAGCUUACCAACACAAGCUUCCCAUCGUGGUGGGGAACUAAUAUCGCUGAGAACACCAUGGACGCGCUGGACACUGCUGUCCAAGAGCCCGUUCCUCCUGGGGCCACCUUUGGACCGUCCUCUUGGUAGGGAACUGAAGUGAAUAUGGAAUAUCGGUACUGUGUGCAAUAGGGAAUUGCACACUACUCCUGUGUUAGUAGUAUGACUAUAUAAGACUAAAUUUUCAUGUUACGAAUUUCCCAUAAUGACUUGAUUCGGGCUACAUGGUCCCAGACCUACUCCUAGUAUUCUUGUUAGCUGG